AUGCCCCACCUGUACCCGGCCGCCUGCCCGUCUCCCCCCCUGUCGCAACUGUUCGCGUGUGCAGCGGCGGUCGCUGUGGGUGGGAGAGGGAGGACGGGAAGGGAUUGGCGGCCCAACCGACGCGCCAGCCAGCUCGCACCCCGCCCAUCUCCCGUACGCCACCCACAUCUGCACGACCCGUCCCUGCCCCGCCUGCAUCUGCCGCGUCAGCAACUGCCGUUUCGUCCCGUACCCGCACUGUCCCUGCCCCUCCCCGUCCCUCCCUCGUCGCGCCUUCCCCCUCUACCGCGCCUGCCUAUGCCGUGUUGGGCGGUGGUGGGUGUGGAGGACAGUGGGGGCGGCGGCGGCGGGAAUGGCGGGAGUGGCGGGGUUGGCGGCUCAUGUGGGGGGGGGGGGGGGGAGGCGUGGGGGAAAGGGGUGGUGGGCGGCUCCUGUGCUGCCUGUUCUGCCCGUGCUGCCUGUUCUGCCCGUGCUGCCCCGUUGUGCCCGUGUUGCCCCGUUCUGCCCGUGUCCUGCCCGUGUUCUGCCCGUGAUCCUGCCCGUGAUUCUGCCCGUGAUUCUGCCCGUACUGCUGCCCGUGAUUGUGCCCGUGAUUAUACCCGUGUGUUGCCCGUAUUUUGCCCGUGUUCUGCCCGUGAUCCUGACCGUGAUUCUGCCCGUGAUUCUGCCUGUGAUCCUGCCCGUGUUGCUGCCCGUUCCCGUGCCAUACUGACCGUGCACCUCCCGUGCUCCCGUGAUCCUGUGCUACUCAUGCUUCUUGUGCUUCUCGUGCUGCCCCGUGGUCCUGUGCCGUCCCGUAUUGCCCGUACUUCCCCGUGCUUGCCCCGUGCCCGUGCCCGUGCUGUCUGCCCGUGUUCCCUGUGCUUCUGCUCGUGCUCUACCCGUGCUGGUUGUUCCCGUGCGUGCCCCACCUGUACCACCCGUGCUGUCAGUGCCCGUGCUGCCCCGUUCUGCCCGUGCUACCUCGUGCUCCUGUGCUGCCCCCGUGUUCCCGUGCUGCCCCCGUGUUCCCAUGCUGCCCCCGUGCUGCCCCCGUGCUGCCCCCGUGCUCCCGUGCUCCCGUGCUGCCCCGCUCUCCCCGUGCUGCCCCGUUCAGCCCUUGUGCUGCCCCGUUCUGCCUGUGCUGCCCCGUUGUCCCCGUGUUGCCCCGUUCUGCCCGUGUUGCCCCGUUCAGCCCAUGUCCUGCCCCGUUCAGGCCGUGUCCUGCCCCGUUCUGCCCGUGUUGCCUCGUUCAGCCCGUGUCCUGCCCCGUUCCGCCCGUGUUGGCCUGUUCUGCCCGUGCUGCCCCGUUCUGCCCGUUUGUGUCCUACCCGUGCUGUCCGUACCCGUUGGUGCCCCACCCGUGCUGUCAGUUCUCGCUCGUGCCCCACCCGGUCUGUGCUGCCUGGUCUCGUGCUGCCCGUCACCCCCGUGCGGCCCGUCCCGUACAGCACCUAG